AAGGCAGCGGAGUCAGGAGAAUGCGGGACGAUAAGCAGCAGCCCGACGAGGCUGUCCAUGUUUAGAUACACUCACCGAGGCCUUGCACUUAGGAAACAAUGCAUGUUUCUGUUAAAUUUAGCGAGGUUAUCGUGUACUCUUCUCUCCCUUAGGCAGUGAUUCUCAGCUCCACAGGGACUACAGAGGGAAGUGGCAGAACGGAGAGGCCGAGGACAGAUCAGAUCAGCACUAUGGAUCAACCAUUUUCCUCUGUCACACUGAAACUAUGUAUGACUUUAGCUUUUUUUGUGCAAGAGACACACUCAACUUCGCUCAAUAGCACAUACUCAGGACAGUCCCAGAGCAAUGAAACCUCUAGCUGUGGUGGCAGUCAUGAGUGUAAGCCUGGUGUGAUUUUUCCCGUAUGGCUGCCUCAGAACCCACCUUUUGGUGAAAUGCUGGCUCGCGCCAUCAUUUAUUUUGUGGGUCUAUUCUACAUGUUCCUGGGCGUCUCUAUAAUCGCAGAUCGCUUUAUGGCAUCCAUUGAAGUCAUCACCUCACAGGAAAAGCAGAUCACCAUCAAGAAACCCAACGGUGAAAUCACCACCACCACGGUGCGGAUCUGGAACGAGACCGUCUCCAACCUGACUCUCAUGGCACUGGGCUCCUCGGCGCCUGAGAUCCUGCUCUCCGUGGUGGAGGUGUGUGGGCACGGCUUUGAUGCCGGUGAGCUGGGCCCCAACACUAUCGUGGGGAGUGCAGCCUUCAACAUGUUUGUCAUAAUUGGGCUAUGUGUGUCUGUCAUCCCGGACGGAGACCACCGCAAGAUCAAACACCUGCGGGUCUUUUUUGUCACUGCGUUCUGGAGUAUAUUUGCUUACACCUGGCUGUACCUGAUCCUAGCCGUCAUCUCACCUGGCCAGGUGGAGGUGUGGGAAGGCUUGGUGACUCUCUUCUUCUUCCCUGUUUUUGUGUUAUUUGCAUGGGUGGCUGACCGAAGACUGCUGUUCUACAAGUACGUGCACAAGCGCUAUCGCGUGGGCAAACGGAAGGGCAUGAUCAUUGAGACGGAGGGUGAGCCUGAACUCCAGUCGAAAGCAGACAUUGAGAUGGACGGACAGGUGUUGAACGCCCACGCAGAGGAGCUCAUGGAUGGGGUGAUGGGCGUUGAGGAUAAAGACAUGGACGAAGAAGAGGUCCGGAUGGACAUGGCCAGGAUCCUGAAAGAGCUGAAACAGAAACAUCCCGAGAAGGAGAUUGAGCAGCUCAUUGAGCUCGCAAACUACCAGCUCCUCAGUCAGCAGCAGAAGAGUCGAGCCUUCUAUCGUUGCCAGGCAACCAGGCUCAUGACGGGCGCUGGAAACAUCCUGAAGAAGCAUGCGGCCGAACAGGCCAGAAAAGCCAUUGGACACCACGAGAUGCGCUCCGUGGUGUUUGACAGUGAUCUCUCAUCCAAGCUGUUCUUUGAUCCCUGCACAUAUCAGUGUUUGGAGAACUGUGGCAAGGUGGCUCUUAAUGUGGUUCGGCGAGGCGGCGACUUAACCAGUACUGUGUCGGUGGACUACCGCACUGAAGAUGGCACGGCCAACGCUGGGUCUGACUACCAGUACACCGAAGGUACCAUCAUCUUCAGGCCCGGUGAAACAGAGAAGGAGAUCCGGAUUGAUAUUAUUGAUGACGACAUCUUUGAAGAAGAUGAGCAUUUUGUUGUCCACCUCAGUAAUGUGCGAGUGGUGUCUGCUGGCUCAGGGGCCGGUCCCCACUCAGGGGCCAACCACACAGAGACACUGGCUGGCCUGGGGCUCCCCUCCACCGCCACUGUCACCAUCUUUGAUGACGACCAUGCUGGAAUCUUUACAUUCGAGGAGCCGCUGGUUCACGUCAGUGAAAGUAUUGGCAUGAUGGAGGUGAAAGUUCUCCGUAGCUCCGGGGCCCGUGGCGUGGUGGUGGUGCCCUACAAGACUAUAGCGGGCACAGCUAAAGGGGGCGGGGAAGAUUUUGAAGACACACAUGGAGUGCUGGAGUUCCAGAACGAUGAGAUUGUUAAAACUAUUCAGAUCAAUAUAAUCGACGAUGAAGAGUAUGAAAAGAACAAGAACCUUUUCGUGGAACUUGGAGAGCCCCAGAUAGUGGAGAUGAGUGAGAGAAAAGGUGGGGUGUCUUCCUUUCAUCAGGUCCCCCACUGUCCAAACUAACAGCCCCAUCCUUCU